CCGCCCCCAGCACGGCCAAGGAGGCUGCAGGAAGUUUUACCUCAGUCGCAGACGGCGCCUGGCUGACAGCUGGUCGGAAGCGGAGCCGCAGGAUGAACGCAGGCUCGGACCCCGUGGUCAUCGUCUCCGCGGCGCGGACCGCCGUAGGCUCCUUCAAUGGUGCCCUGUCUACUGUGCCUGUCCACGACCUGGGGACCACUGUCAUCAAAGAAGUCCUGCAGAGGGCCAAGGUGGCUCCAGAAGAGGUGUCCGAGGUCAUAUUUGGACACGUUUUGGCGGCAGGUUGUGGGCAGAAUCCUACUCGACAGGCCAGUGUGGGGGCAGGGAUCCCCUACUCGGUUCCAGCAUGGAGCUGCCAGAUGAUCUGUGGCUCAGGCCUCAAAGCCGUGUGCCUUGCAGCCCAGUCCAUAGCCAUAGGCGACUCCAGCAUUGUGGUUGCAGGAGGCAUGGAGAACAUGAGCAAGGCCCCUCACUUGGCUCACCUGAGAGCAGGAGUCAAGAUGGGGGAGAUGCCGCUGGCUGACAGCAUCCUCUGUGAUGGUCUCACAGAUGCGUUUCACAACUACCACAUGGGCAUUACAGCUGAAAACGUAGCCAAGAAAUGGCAAGUGAGCAGAGAAGCCCAGGACCAGGCUGCAGUUCUGUCCCAGAACAGGGCAGAGCGUGCACAGAAAGCUGGCCACUUUGACAAGGAGAUUGUGCCAGUGUUGGUGUCUUCCAGAAAAGGUCUUACUGAAGUGAAAAUUGAUGAGUUUCCUCGCCAUGGGAGUAACAUGGAAGCCAUGGGCAAGCUAAAACCUUACUUUCUUACUGAUGGGACGGGAACCGUUACCCCAGCUAAUGCAUCAGGGAUAAACGAUGGUGCCGCUGCUGUGGUUCUUAUGAAGAAGACAGAAGCCGAGAGUCGAAUGCUGAGACCUUUAGCAAGAAUAGUUUCCUGGUCACAGGCUGGUGUGGAGCCUUCCAUUAUGGGAGCAGGACCAAUUCCAGCCAUCAAGCAAGCUGUUGCAAAAGCAGGCUGGUCCCUGGAGGAUGUUGAUGUGUUUGAAAUCAAUGAAGCUUUUGCAGCGGUGUCUGUUGCCAUAGCCAAAGAACUUGGAUUAAACCCCGAGAAGGUCAACAUCGAUGGAGGAGCCAUUGCCUUGGGCCAUCCUCUGGGAGCAUCUGGCUGUAGGAUUCUAGUGACCUUGUUACACAACCUUGAGAGAAUGGGCGGGACACGUGGUGUGGCAGCCCUGUGCAUUGGGGGUGGGAUGGGGAUAGCAAUGUGUGUUCAGAGAGGAUGACCUGCCUGACAGCCAUCAGCCUUGAAUGUUCUUGUUAAAUCAGUGAAACACUAGAUAGUAGGUGAAAUCAGAGGACCAAAGUGAGGACAGGAACCCAGGUGGACAGCUUGCUGAACUUUAAUGUGAGUCACCCAAGGCUAAGACAUUGCACCUGGCACUGCUAUAAAUAAAAGGGAGAUCCAAUCAGUCAUCAAGGGCUCCAGAGUGAACGGCAUUUUCAUGACUUCCGUGUUUAUCGUCUUUGCUUUCUGGGUGCAAUUUUAUCAGAUCAUUGACUUUUUUUUGUUUGUUUUGGUUUUGGUUUUUUUUUGUUUGUUUGUUUUUGAAACAGGACCUCACCAUGUAGCCUGGAGAUUGCUUUGUAGAUCAGGCUGGCUUUGCACUCCCAGAGAUCCACCUGCCUCUGUCUCCUGAGUACUGGGAUUAAAACCAUCAUGCCUAGCCCCCAAAAUGACCCAUUCGAAGAAUGGUAAUUGGGGCUUCUGUUGCAAACUUCAGGCUCUUCACUUUAACUAUGGUUGGUUCAAACACCCCUGCUUGCUUGUUGUCUCGUGGCUUCCCAUUAAUCAAAUCAAGACCAAUCCUGUAAUGGUGAAAAUCUGAUUCAGUGGCCUCUUCCAAGCUGAUGUGGAGUGUUCCAGCUAUUCUAGUCCAGAAACUGUGGGAGUUCUAACAAGUGUACCUCUGGGAGUAGAAAAGUGAGCAGCAGGUAGUUUUGAUGUAUUUGUUUCUCUCUGCUCUUGACUGGAUAGGAUGUUACCUGCUCUAAAUUCCUGCCUUGACUUCCCCUAAUGAUGGACUGUAACCUGGAAUUGUGAGCCAAAUAAACUCUUUCCUCCCGUA